AUGACCUCCCCUUCCAACGCAUUUCACCUUCGCCCGGUGUCAGAGAAGCGACAUUCGUCUGCUUCAAACUCUCCGACAGCGAGCUCCGAUAGUUCCUCACCGGCGGCGGAGAAGGGUAACGCGGUGACUUUUCGAGAGAAUAACAACCCCGUCGUGCUGAGAGAUCUCGAUCUAGACAACACCUUGCGGGGCAAAUUUCCAAAUCUUCCAGCUCCGCCCACAGGCCAUGACCUGAUGGCGAUGUUCCCUCCACCUGCGCCUUCUUUAGCUUCUAUGCCUCCAAACCGGAGGACGGAGGCAACGUCGGGAUAUUUCCAGCUGCAAGAACGAGCGUAUUUUGCUCAGGCAGGAAAGGAAAUCAUCCGUGUCAGAGUGGAUGUUGACAUGCGAGACAUGGCUAUGGAUGUGGAUGAGCGACCUAAUACAGACAAGCGGCGGAGUCGAGGAUUGGAUGUAGAUAUGGAUAUGGCAGCCCGCAGGAGAGACGAGGAAGUGCGCUUGCCUGGGCCCAGCAUACCACUACAGUCUCAAGUAUCGCCGCACUUGGCGACUAUGCGCAGCCCGAGAGAUCAUCGUGAGGACAUAGAACACGCCUCCCCGAGAGACAUACACUCAAAGCACUCGGCUCCCACUCAUCGUCGUAUGUCUAUUGACAGCCCACUCUCACACUCUCCCCCGAACUCGAGAUAUGCGUUCUCACCUGAAAACGAACAUGAUCACCGAGAUCUCAGACUCGCACCGCCUGAGUACAUGAACCCUAACUCGGUGUAUCCUCAACCUGACGAGUCAGAUGAAGCUUGGCGCCGACCCAUGCCGUACGCGGAAAGGAGAAGAGCUGGUAAACAUACUCGAAGGGUCGUCGUCAAAAAUUGA